AUGGGCGAAGAAAGGAAGGACCUAGUGGCGGAGAUGGGGCGGGGUGAGGGCGCGCAGUUGCAGCGCGGGAGACGCGGAGUUACGCGAUCGUCCGCUGGUGCUCCGCCACCCACUCGAGCAGCCGCUUCUCGUCCCUGGCCCCUCACCCCUCGUCUCUGCAAGUACGAGAGGGAGGCGAGGCGCUACUGGGAUCUCUUCUACAAGCGCAACGGCGAGCGGGUGAGCGCAUGCCACGUGGUGCACACCCCCCUCGCUCUGCUCUGCGUUGCUCAUUCCGUUUCAACUCCUCCACCCCACUCUCUUUUCCCCUUUCCCCCAUCUCCUCCCCGUCUCGCCGUCGCCCCGUGUCUCUGCGCGCAGUUCUUCAAGGACCGCCACUACCUGCACCACGAGUGGGCGCUCUUCCUCCGCGGGGAUGCGGGCGCAGGGAGAGCGGCAGAGGCGGGGACAGAGGGGGGAAAAGAGGGGGGGGCAGAGGGAGGGGGAGGGGAGGCUAGGGCCGGGGAUGCAGGCGCAGGAGCGGGGAGCGCAGGGGGCGGUGGUGGGUGUGGCGGCGGCAGGGAGGGGUGCGUGUGCGAGCGGUGCGUUGCCAUCCGACGAGUGGUGCUGGAGGUGGGGUGCGGGGCGGGCAACACGGUGUUCCCGUUGCUCGCAGACGACCCGCACCUCUUCGCCCUCGCCUGCGACUUCUCCCCGCGCGCUGUUGCGCUCGUCACCGGCAGUGAGCACUACGACGCGCACAGGCUGAGAGCAUUCGUGGCGGACAUCACAGCGGACCCCCUCGCCACUGCCAUCGCAACCGCCAACGCCACCACCAGCAGUAGCAGCAGCAGUGGUGGUGGUGGUGGUGGUGGUGGUGGUGGUGGUGGUGGUGGUGGUGGUGGUGGUGGUGGUGGUGGUGGUGGUGGUGGUGGUGGUGGUGGUGGUGGUGGUGGUGGUGGUGGUGGUGGUGGUGGUGGUGGUGGUGGUGGUGGUGGUGGUGGUGGUGGUGGUGGUGGUGGUGGUGGUGGUGGUGGUGGUGGUGGUGGUGGUGGUGGUGGUGGUGGUGGUGGUGGUGGUGGUGGUGGUGGUGGUGGUGGUGGUGGUGCGUGCACGAGCUGCGUGCCGCAGUGCCCUGCAGUGUCUCCUCCAUCUCAAGUGGAUGUGGUUACCAUGGUGGUGCCAUGUGGUUACCAUGGUGGGUGCCAUGUGGUUACCAUGGUGGGUGCCAUGUGGUUACCAUGGCUCCUCCCAUCAUGCCAUGGCAUGGCACGGCAUCACCCCACCUUCCAUCACCUCACCUUAACCUCCCUACUUCCCACCGCCACCCCACGGUCCGAACCCCAUGCGCAGGUGUUUGUGCUAUCUGCCAUUUCACCUGAGAAGAUGCCUCUCGCCGUCGCCAACGUGGCCACUGUUCUCAAGGCAGGCGGGCAUGUGUUGGUUCGAGACUAUGCUGCUGGCGACCUGGCUCAGGUGGGUGGUUUAGGUGUGGCGUUCAGGUGUGUUGCUCAGGAGCGGUUGAGGCGCAAGGAGCAGCGCAUCGCCGACAACUUCUAUGUGCGCGGCGAUGGCACCGUGAGUGGAGGGGGGAGCCGAUGCGAGCGUACUAUUUCACAGAGGCGGCGCUGGGAGAGCUGUUUGCGGGGGCGGGCAUGCAGUGCGUGCACAUGGGCGUGUGUGAGCGCACCGUCACCAACCGUGCACGACAGAUCGACAUGCACAGGUGCUGCUGACGUGGCAGGUGCUGCUGACAUGGCAGGUGCUUCUAUUAGCUUGUGCAUUCUUUUGCACACAAAGACCCAUUCCUCAUUUGCUCUGUAUGUGGAACACCCCUUUCCUGUACACCCACUGCAACUGCGCCGCGCUCCUCUCCCCCGCACUCCCUCCUCUUGCCUGCCCCUCGAUGGCACCACCAGGCGCUGGAUCCAAGCAGUCUUCCGCCUGCCCCCCGCUGCCACUGCCGCUCCCUCUGCUCCCUCUGCUCCCUCUGCUGCUUCUGCAACUGCUGCGGAGGAUGUUGGGGCAGGAGGGAUGAGCGACAGGGAAGGAGGGGAGGAGGAGAGAAGCGGAAGUGGGAGCAGUGUUGUGCAAGGCGAGGGCAGGGGCAGGGAAGGAGUUGGUGCCACGGAGAAGAGCGGCAGGGAGGAGGGCGGCAGGGAGGAGGGCGGCACGGGCGGCAGUGACAUCACAUGUGAGGUGGACUGCAGCGGCCUUUUCCUCUCCGACCCCCCUUUAGAGGUGCUUCUCUCUCCCUCCGCUCCCCUCUCUCAUCCCCUCCCUCCCUCCCCUCUCUCCUCCCCUCUCUCCUUUCCCUCUCUGCUUCGCCCUUUUCGCUCCUGUCCCUUUCCCUUCCCUCCUCUCCGCCUAUCUACCCCCACAAAAACGUCUCCCAACCCACCACCCAUUGUCCCCCAGGACCACGCCCUGUCCCUCGCGCACCUGCCACUGCGUGUGCGCCUGCUGUCCCGCGAGCACCAGCAUACGCACGGCAGCACGGGGCGGCUGCUGUGGGAGUCGUCUCAGGUGCUGGCAGCGCUGCUGCUCGCCCACCCCGCCCUCACCCGCCACGCCUCCGUCCUCGAGCUUGGUGCGGGCGGCGCCGCGCUCUGCUCGCUCGCAGCCACUCACAGCGCGCCACGUGUCAUUGUGGCGACAGAUGGGGACGAGAACGCUCUCAGCCUGCUGCCGGGGAAUCUGGAGCUGAAUGCGGGGAGCUUUGAGACGGGCAGGAUCAAGGUGUGCCGGCUGCGGUGGGGCGAUGAGGGCGACGAGGCAGCAGUGACGCAACUGCUUCCCUCUCAUGAUGUGAUUGGGGCGGAUCAGGGUCAUGUGCAGGAGGAGGGAGGGGGAACCACAGCCAGUACAGAAGGGAGCGAUGCGCGCACAGCCCCUGUCGGAGGCAGCAGUAUGAAGGGAGACGAUACCGAGGCUGCUUAUACCGCAACGCAGCAGGGGAGGGGGUUUGAUGUGAUCCUGGGAGCGGACGUGGUGUAUGUGCGUGCCGCCGUGCCGCUGCUCUUCCAGUCGGCCGCCCGCCUCCUGGCACGCCGGGACGGGAGCGGGGGGCGUGUGCCGGUGCUACUGCUGUGCCACAUCACACGCCAGGUGCUCGAGCCUGAUGUGCUGGCUGCAGCGGCAGCAGCGGGGCUAGAGGUGGCGGAGGGAGAGGUGGCAGAGCGUGUUGGGGGGAGUGUGGAGCGGGCGAUGCAGGCAGCGGUGGGGACGGCGUUCCCUGGGGAAGGCAGAGAUGCCUCCCUCUUCCGCCUCCUCUGCUUCCGUGCCACUAGUUUGCCUUGA